AUGGCCGCGAGCGUGGAGCAGCGGCUGGGCAGCCUCCCCGUCUUCACCCGCGACGACUUCGAGGGCGACUGGCGCCGAGUGGCGAGCGGCGGCUUCGGCCAGGUGUUCCAGGCCCGGCACAAGCGCUGGCGGACAGAGCAUGCCAUCAAGUGCCCCGCCUGCCUCCUGCCUGACGCCACCAGCUCCGAGGUGAACUGCCUCAUUGAAGAAGUAGCCAAAAUGGAGAAGAUCAAGUUUCAGCACAUCGUGGCCAUCUAUGGGGUAUGCAAGCAGCCCCUGGGUAUUGUGAUGGAGUUCAUGGCCACCGGCUCCCUGGAGAAGAUGCUGCCCACCCACAGCCUCUGCUGGCAGCUCAAGUUCCACAUCAUCCAUGAGACCAGCCUGGCCAUGAACUUCCUCCACAGCAUUAAGCCACCUCUGCUCCACCUGGACCUCAAGCCAGGCAACAUCCUCCUGGACAGCCACAUGCAUGUCAAGGUUUCAGACUUCGGCCUGUCCAAGUGGAUGGAACAGUCGACCCGGAUACAAUACAUCAAGAGGUCAGCUCUGCAGGGCACGCUGAGCUACAUCCCCCCUGAGAUGUUCCUGGAGACUAACAAGGGCCCGGGGCCCAAAUACGAUGUGUACAGCUUUGGGAUUGUCAUCUGGGAGCUCCUCACGCAGAAGAAACCGUACUCAGGUUUCAACAUGAUGCCCAUUAUCAUCCGAGUGGCCGCAGGUGUGCGGCCAUCCCUGCAGCCUGCCUCCGAUGAGUGGCCGGGUGAAGUCCAGCAGGUGGUGGACCUCAUGAGGCGCUGCUGGGACCAGGACCCCAAGAAGAGGCCUUGGUUUUCAGACGUCACAGUCGAGACAGACAUGCUGCUGUCCCUGCUCCAGAGCGCUGUGGCCGACCCGGAGAGCGAGGCCCUGGCCAGGAAGGUGUCCUGCACAUGGCGCCUGCGCGGGCCCCGGGAGGUCAGUGAGGAGGUCGGUCAGGAGCUAACAGACAGCAGCUCAGCAGACUACUUGAAGCAGGUCCUGCAUCUCUCAGACAGUGAGAGCCUGGUCCCAAGUGAUGAGCAGCUGCACUUAUGCCAGAACAAGGUCACCCCUCUCCACUUCCUGGUGGCGCAGGGCAGCCUGGAGCAGGUGAGGCUGCUGCUGGCCCACGAGGUCGAUGUGGACUGCCAGACAGCCUGCGGCUACACGCCCCUCCUCAUCGCCACCCAGGAUCAGCAGCCCGACCUCUGUGCCCUGCUCCUGGAGCAUGGCGCCGACGCCAACCUGGAGGAUGAGGACGGCUGGGCCCUGCUGCACUUUGCGGCCCAGAAUGGGGAUGACCGCACCGCUCGUCUGCUCCUGGACCACGGGGCCUGUGUGGAUGCCCAGGAGCACAAGGGGUGGACCCCACUCCACCUGGCUGCGCAGAACAACUUUGAGAAUGUGUCACGGUUUCUGGCCUCCCGUCAGGCUGACCCCAACCUGAGUGAAGCUGAGGGCAAGACCCCUCUCCAUGUGGCUGCCUACUUUGGCCACGUCAAGCUGAUUAAGCUGCUGACGACCCAGGGGGCCGAGUUGGAUGCUAGGCAGAGAAACCUGAGGACACCACUGCACCUGGCGGUGGAGCAAGGCAAAGUGAGGGCCAUCCAACACCUGUUAAAGAGCGGGGCAGCCCCCAAUGCCCUUGACCAGAGCGGCUACAGCCCACUGCACAUCGCGGCUGCCAGGGGCAAAUACCUCAUCUGCAAGAUGCUGCUCAGGUACGGGGCCAGCCUUGAGCUGCCAACCCAGCAGGGCUGGACAGCCCUGCACCUAGCAGCCUACAAGGGCCACCUGGAGAUCAUCCACCUGCUGGCUGAGAGCUGCGCGGAUGUGGGGGCUCCCGGAGGCAUGAGCUGGACCCCCCUGCACCUGGCUGCUCGCCAUGGGGUGGAGGGGGUGGUGUCAGUACUCCUGCAAUGUGGGGCUGACCCCAAUGCUGCCGAGCAGUCAGGCUGGACACCCCUUCACCUGGCGGUCCAGAGGGGUGCCUUCCUGUGUGUCACCAACCUCCUGGAGCGCCAGGCCGAUGUGCAUGCCCGCAACAAAGUGGGCUGGACACCUGCCCACGUGGCUGCCCUCAGGGGCAAUAUGGCCAUCCUCAGAGUGCUGAUUAAGGCCGGUGCCCGGCUGGACACCCAGGACGGGGUGGACUGCACCCCCCUGCAGCUGGCCCUCCGGAGCCAAAAGCAGGGCAUUGUCACCUUCCUAGAGGACAAGGAUCCCUCGCUGGCCAUUCUGGGCAGGGCUGAGCCUGGAGCCCAGACGGAAGUUUAGACAACCUGGGGUCUCCUGGGGGAAGUGCAGCUGGGCUUCUGGCAGGGCCCCUUUCUUGUACUUGCCACCUGCCCCUUUGACCUUGAGAGGAGACAGGAACCUGAUCUCCUGAGUGAUGGAGGGCCAGGAAGGGGGCCACUGAGAUUGUAGCUAGGGAGGGGUCCCCUUACCUUUCAGCUCCUCCUCCGUGUGCAUCUCCAGCAGACCCCUGGCCUCCUCCUCCUGCACCUGGACCCCAGCCCCCAAGUGAGUUCCUUCUUUAUUCCCAAGGCUCCUGGCAACUUUAGCCACUUGCUCCUGAGCUCACAGGGGCCCUUGCAUCCUAGAAACCCUCUCUGAAAUCGGAGGGAGGCACAGAGGAGAAGGAAUUGUUCCCUCCCAGCUCAUGUCUGCGUGACUUGCCCCCUGGGUGGUGGAAGGGGGGCGUUGCUCAGGGCUGCCAGGCGUGUGUGCUUUGUGCAUGGCCAGGAGGAAAUGUUUGGAGGAAAUUUCCACUUCCCAUUGAAAGCCCCAGCCAGGCCCCUGCGACUACACUGACCACCUUCCUGGUGGCCCUGGUCCCAGUGCCUGGGUCUGCCCCCCAGUCUCUUACGGAGGAGGAAAGGAUCUGCUCCAACUGCCCACGAGUGAUCCUACAUGGGACCUUUGGUCCUCGGUCCCCCUGUCCCACCC